AAUUACAGUUACAAAUUCCUAGGAUAUGAAAGCCCAUUGUCACAGCCACAAAAGUAGGAGACAGGUCUGCGCAAAACCAAAGGAACAACUGCAGCUGCAAAUCCAACUCCCCACUAUACGAGAUUAUGGCUACCCCUGAUUGAUGUUUUCUAUGUUCGUUAAUACAAACAAUUAUCUGAAGUCUGGGGUAGUCAUAGCUUCACACGUCCGCAAGAGGGAAUAUCGGUUUUCUUCCAGAGCACCGUGGAAGUAUUCUUUUCAGCCAGCCUUUAAUUUGAUUGACCAUAGGGAACUCCAUUUCCAAGCAAGAGGUUCUGAGUGUCGAAAGAUGUCAUCCCAAGCCAUGGGAGAAAAAGAAAGCAAUGGGGUAGUCAAAGAUUGUUUGCAGGAACUGCCUCAUUCAAAUAAUUAUGAAACUGCCAUGGAAGCACUUUCCUCUCUCAUUACGGGUCAGAAACGUGGAUCUCGCUCAUCUGUUGGUUCCAGAUAUGGAAAAUUGGAAAGGAUGCAGAUGUAUCUUAAGAUACUAGAUUUGGAAGAGCAUAUACCUAAGCUCAAGAUUAUCCAUGUUGCUGGAACAAAAGGGAAGGGUUCAACAUGCGCAUUCUGUGAAGCUAUUUUACGAGAAUGUGGCUUUCGAACAGGACUGUUUACUUCCCCUCACCUAAUUGAUGUGAGAGAAAGAUUUCGUAUAAAUGGAUUGGACAUAUCUGAAGAUAAAUUUUUAUUUUACUUUUGGGAUUGUUGGAAUCAAUUGAAGCAACAAGUAACUGAGGACCUGCCAAUGCCCCCACUAUUUCAAUUCCUCACAGUCUUGGCAUUCAAAAUAUUUGUCUGUGAACAGGUAGAUGUUGCCAUAAUUGAAGUUGGUCUUGGAGGAACAAAAGAUUCAACGAAUGUGAUUAAAGUGCCCGUUGUCUGUGGCAUUGCAACUUUGGGGAUGGAUCAUACAGAGGUUCUGGGUGAUACACUUGGAGAGAUUGCUUCUCACAAAUCUGGAAUUUUCAAGCCCCAAAUUCCUGCAUUUACGGUACACCAACUUUCUGAAGCAAUGGAUGUUCUUCAUGAGAAAGCCAACGAAUUAGCGGUGCCGCUAAAAGUAGUGGAACCUCUGGAUGAAAGAAAGUUGGAUGGAUUGAAGCUUAGCUUAUCUGGCGAUCAUCAGUUCACCAAUGCUGGUCUUGCUGUUUCCCUAUGUAAAUGUUGGCUUCAAAGAACAGGAAACUGGGAAAAGAUACUUCAAAAUCAGGAUAAAAAGGAAGCUAAUAUACCAGAGGCAUUUCUUAGAGGUCUUGCAGCAGCACGUCUUUCAGGGAGGGCUCAAAUUGUCUAUGAUUUGUCUUCUAAUUGCAAUAGUUCCUCUACAUUAGCAGAAAGUUCAUCUGGAGAUCUGAUUUUCUACUUGGAUGGAGCUCACAGUCCAGAAAGCAUGGAGGUUUGUGCCAGAUGGUUCUCUAGUGCUGUUCAAGAAAGCAAGCAAUUACCGAAGUUGUUGUCAUCUUCGCAUGAUGUUGAAAUUAUAAAGGAAGUUUGGGGCAGUGGCUACAUCCAAAGUGAAAGGGACAGCUCUGUUGAGUCUAACAAAAUAUCAAAGAAGAUUCUUUUAUUCAACUGCAUGGAGGUCAGAGAUCCCCAGAUUUUGCUUCCACGGCUUGUGAGUACGUGUGCUUCCUCAGGUACCUACUUCUCAAAGGCCAUAUUUGUUCCGAGCAUGUCAACAUACAACAAGGUUACUUCUGGAACCUCGGCCAUUCCUUCAGGUAUCUCUAAUCGGGAUUUGUCCUGGCAAUUCAGCCUGCAGAGGCUUUGGGAGAAGAUUAUCCAUGGCAUAGAAGGAGAUAUACUUGAUAAAAGCUCCAAAUUGGACAGUGCAGAGACCUUACCACCGCGUGAAUUCGUUUAUGAGGAUGCUUCUCGUUGCAGUCCUGCGGAUGGAAUUUUUGGUUGUAGUUCUGUCAUUUCUUCAUUGCCACUGACAAUAAAAUGGUUGAGGGAUUGCGUUCGAGAAAAUCCGGCUCUAAGGGUUCAGGUGCUUGUCACCGGAUCAUUACAUCUGGUGGGAGAUGUACUGAAGCUAUUAAAGAGAUGAAUGAGAUGAUCAAUAUUGAUUAGAACUUGGGAUUGUCCUUGCAUUCUUUCACACACUUAUUUUAACCUUUAUUUUUAAAGCAGCCAAGGUGUAUCUCUAUCAUGCAACUUCGUGGUUGGCUAAACUAAUAAUAAACAUUGUUCACGUUUUUUUUUUUU